UAAUGUACAUGCGUUUAACAUAUUUUGCAAUUAUUUUUUUAGUAUUUACAAAUAAUGUUGAUGAAUCUGAUGACUAUUCUUUCCUUGAGAGCUUUCUUCUAGAUGAAUAUAAACAUCGCUAUUGUGUGCGAAAAGACACAAUGAAGACUCUGCAUGGUCGUCUCGCCAUCACAAACUGCGGAAUUGCAUUUGCCAGAGUGCAGUUGAAAAAAGGUUUUCAAUACUUUCACGACUUAGAACAGUCCAUAGUCAACGUAUACGGUAGUGACAGUGAAUCAGACUGUAGCGAUGAAGAUGACGUUUAUGAAGAUGUUGAAGAAGAAGAUGCAUAUUGAACCAGUAUACCAGCUAGUGGCUGGUAGCCAUUCAUAGCUUUUUUGGUUAUGUGAGUGAGAAUGA